GCAUAAGCUGCGUUGUGGCGGACAAAGAAUAUUGUUCAGUGGCGCUGGUGUAGUGCUCAUGGUUGUCCAUGAGGUGGUGGUAUUGAGCAAUACAUCUGGCAACAAAAGCGCAUAAUUAUGACGUCAGAGUCUUUUCGCUUUGGCGCGAUGUCCGAACGAAUUUGAAAACCUGUGGCGUCAGACCGUUUGUAGACGGUGCCUAUAAAGCAGGUCAUACUUUAGUUUUCAGAGGACCGAACCGUGGCUAGCGGAACUGCAACAACAAUUACAGGGAUGUCGUGGGACUUUUUUGUGCCCGUUUGUGUUGGAGACCUGGUAAAAACAGGGGGCAUUAACCAGUAUGUCGUUCAGGAGGUGGUUUCCCCAAAACAUCUGCCGCCCUAUCUCAGUAGAUUUAAGGCAGCGUUAAGAAGUCAGGGGCCAAUGUGUAUACUGGAGCACUUUGACACAGGCUACAGCGUAUUACAGCACUGCAACUCUGUAGAGCUGGGCGUGAAAGAGGAUAUACUGGAACUGUUAAUACAAGUGGUUGGUGGCCUUUCUGUUUCCCUGCCGACUCUCCUCGUCUCCACCUCCCUGUCGGCUGCAGAGCGGAAAGAAAAACUUAAUGCCGUUAAAAUGAGCGUCUUCCUCCUCUGCAAACUCACAGAGAACCUUGAGAGUGACUCGUGUAGACAGAGUAUUGUCACGGCGCCUGGGAAGGGUGGUAAAAAGGGCAAAGCUGGUGGAGAAGGACUGUUGCAGUGGGACUCAGAAAGAGAGAAGGUGCUUCAGGUCCUCAUCCAGCUCCUCCAGCUGGAUAUCCGCUCCCUUUGGAGCCUCUCCCUGGUGGAGGAAGAGUUCAUCAGUUGUGUGACCUGCUGCUGCUACAAGCUACUCGAGAACCCAACCAUUAGCCAUGUCAAGAGCAAACCCACCAGAGAUGGUAUAAUCCACCUGCUUGGAUUGCUGAUCAAGAAAUACAAUCACCUGCUAGGCGCCAGCGUAAAAGUGAUCCAGUUGUUGCAGCACUUCGAGCAGUUGUCAACCGUCUUUGCACAGGCGGUGUCUGUGUGGAGCACAGAGUAUGGAGUCAGAGCUAUCAUUGGAGAAGUCAUAAGGGAGAUCGGUCGGAAGUCAAGCGAGGAGCUUGCUAGAGAGGGUUCAGGAGUCAAGGCCUUUGCUACCUUCCUCUCAGAACUGGGCACACUGGUGCCUGAAUUAAUGAUCCCCAACAUCAGUGUCCUCAUCACACACCUGGAAGGAGAGAGCCACACGAUGCGAGUUGCUGUGUGUGAGGUGCUGGGAGAGAUCCUCGUCCGGGUCCUGUGUGGUGAUGGCCUGGAUGAGUCCGGUAAAGCCGACCGCAACCGCUUCUUUGACACCCUGCAGGAACACCUGCAUGAUACGCACUCCUACGUUAGAGCUCGAGUGCUGCAGGUCUACACACGGAUCGUCAACAGCAAAGCGCUGCCUCUGUGUAGGUACAGUGAGGUCAUGGAGCUGGCUGUGGGGCGGCUGAUGGACAAAUCUAUUAAUGCCGUGAAGAGUGCCAUCCAGCUGUUAGCAGCCUUCAUAGCACACAAUCCCUACAGCUGCAAGCUGAGCAGUGCCGACCUGAAGAAACCGUUGGAGAAAGAGACUGCCAAGCUCAGAGAAAUGAAAGAGAAACUGGAGGGGAAAGCACCUGUGGCAGUGAUUAAAGCAUCUGAGUUAUGGGCGGCCAUGGAGCCUGAGCUCCUCGUCACUGUCAGGACGGAGCUGGAGCCCACAAGUAGCUCUGAGAAUGAGCAGCAGGAAGACGAGGACGAUAGGGAUGUGGAAGAAGUAAAGGAGGCAGACGACGACAGAGCAACUGCAGUGAGGAUAGCUCAGUACCUGCGCGUCAACAAAUACAGAAAUGCUGUGAAGCUUUGUGUAAAAGCUCAUAGCUUCUUUCCUGAAUCAUCGAUGUUUGCUUCUCUGGCCACUAUCACCCCUGAAAAUCUAAUGGACACACUGGCUCUGAUUUUUAAAGGCUCUGAUGAGGACGCCUCUGAGCUCAGCCAGAACCUGCCACCAACCCCACAGAAAGAGGGCGAGAAGGAAGGGGAGGAUGGGGAGCUGAAGAAGCAGGAGAUGUUGGUGCAGUACCUGAAAGAUACAGAAACCUUCGCCUUACAAGUGGAAAGAGCAAUCUCCGUCAUCAACACCAUGCUCUACUGGAAAACCACUUCAGUGGUCCAGGAGGCUGUGCAGUUUUGUGUGACUGUGUGCGAGUUCAGUGUUGCCAACUCUGUCAGCGGAGUGAGGAAGAUGUUGCCUCUGGUCUGGUCCACCGACGCUGCCAUUAAAGAUGCUGUCGUUCAGGCCUACAGACGUCUCUAUCUGAACCCUCAGGGCGACACAGUCAGGAUGAAAGCCCAGACUCUCGUUGACAGUCUCUCUGAGCUGAUGGUAGAUGCAUCUCUGGGAACAAUCCAGUGUCUUGAGGAAAUUGUGCAGGAGUUCUUUGGCAGUGGAAGUCUUCUCCAGUCCACUGUAGUUCAAGUCUUGUGGGAGAGAUUUACCGGCAAGAGAGAAACCUCUGUCUUAUACAAGCGAGCAGCGGUGUUACUGCUGGGUAUGGCCACACGGGCGGAGAGGGAGGUGGUGCUCAGUAAUCUGGACACUCUUUGCUCUGUGGCUCUGGGAGAAAAGGUGACUGAGGACUUCCUUCUGGCCAGAGACACGGUUAUAACCAUCUGCAGCAUCACCGAUCACGUCAGGCAGUCAAAAGGCUCUCCGUUCAGGCUGCCUCAGGACCACCAGCUCUUCACCUGCCUUACACAGGCCGUCGCUGAAGGUGUGGUGAUGGAGGACCCUUAUUGGCAGAGCUUCAUGGAACAGGCUGUCCGUCUCAUUUACUUCCUGGCUGAAUCACCUGACCAGCUGUGCUCUCGGCUGCUCCAGCGAAGCGCUCGCCUCUUACUCGAUCAGAUUUCAGAAGGUGGCGAAGUCAACAAGGAUGUUGUCCAGGUGCAAGAUGGAUCUCAGGAGUCCAGUGAGCAAGGUGAACAAGUGAACUGUGUGUGCCUGGCCCAGCUGUUGGCUCUGUGUGGCUGCGUGGCUUUCUGGCAGGUGUCUCACCUUGAGCGCAGCGUGAGUGCUGAGCUGCGGAGGAGGAGAGGAGAGACAGAGGAGAGGGAGGAGAAGGAAAAAGGCCCAGCCAGCAAAGCUAAGCAAGCGGCCAACGAGAGCGCUAUGGAGGAAGAGCUGGGGCUGAUCGGUGCCUCUGCUGAAGAUACGGAGGCAGAACUCAUCAGAAAAAUCUGUGAGACAGAACUACUGGCUGAGGAGAACCUGCUGAGUGCGUUCCUUCCCCUGCUGGUGAGAGUUUGCAGCUCCCCAGGACGCUAUUCCCACCCUCAGCUCACCACAGCCGCCUGUCUGGCUCUGUCUCAGUACAUGAUGAUAAGCCCAUCAGUGUGUGAAGAAAACAUCCGGCUGAUGUUUACGGUCCUGGAGCGCUCCACUCUCCCUGUGGUCAGGGCUAAUGCCAUAAUAGCACUUGGGGACCUCACGGUCCGUUUCCCAAACAUUUUGGAGCCCUGGACACAGAAUCUCUACGCCAGGCUCAGCGACGAGGUUCCCUCAGUGAGGCAGACGGCUGUGACUGUUCUUACUCAGUUGGUGCUUAAGGAUGUGCUCAAGGUCAAAGGUCAAGUCAGCGAGGUGGCUGUGCUGCUAAUUGACCCCGAGCCGCACAUCACCAGUCUGGCUCUGAACUUCUUCAAUGAGCUGGCCUCCAAGGACAAUGCGAUCUACAACCUUCUCCCAGACAUCAUCAGCCGUCUGUCUGAUCCAGAGAGGGGCAUGAGCUCAGGCGACUUCAAUACUGUUAUGAAACAGCUGUUUUCCUACAUCACUAAAGAAAGACAGACAGAGUCUCUGGUUGAGAAACUGUGUCAGCGCUUUAGGACUGCCAAGACUGAGCGCCAGUGGUGUGACUUGGCCAUGUCUCUGUCUCUGCUGUCCAUGUGUGAGCGCGGCUUUAAGAGGCUGCAGGAAUGCUGGGAGUGUUACAGUGACAAGUUGACUGAACCUGGCGUCUACCAGCCUCUGCUCUCCAUCACUGCCAAGCUCCGUCGUGGGGCCAAGCCACAGUUUAAGGCUCAGGUAGAUGAAUUUGAAAAGAGGCUAACUGCGGUUCACACACGGGGCCUGGAGAACGUGGAAAGUCCUGAAAUGGACGAGGAGAACCAAAAAGAAGGAGGAUCCACGGAGAGUCCAGUCAGGCGUACACCUCUGCCCACCAGAGGCCGUGCAAAAGCAAAAAGAGGUCAAGCGAAGCCCUCGGUUUCUAGCCGGGGUGACGACAGUUUUGUGACGCCUCAGAAAUCUCGCAAGUCCAAGAAAACUGUCAUCACCUUCAGCAGUGAUGACGAGGAAGAGGAUGAAGAGGAUGCUGUCAUGGCAGAGAGUGAAACGCCUAAAGUGACGACACCCAUCGCACGCAAGUCCAGACGAACUCGCCUCAGAAACUGAUUUCAUUUUUACCUUUGUGUGUUUUUCUUUUAAUCUUUCUCUGUGGAAUUUUAAUCAUUUUAACAACAUUUUUUUAAUAGUUCUGUAUAUAUAUUUUUAAUAGUGGUUCUUAGCACCAUUCUUAAAAGGGUUGCUGUAUCUGAUGAUAUGAAAUCAGGACUUGUUUUAAUAAACCUUUCUGUCUGUCUGUC